CUGUAAUUACACACCAAAACUUCCAAUCCCGCCCCAUGCAUUAAUUUCAGAUCCUCCUUUCACACUUCAACUAAAAUAUAUAUUAUAUAAAAUAAAAUUCUUAUUUUUCUACCCUUAUAUAAGUCCCUAGAAUCAACCUCAUUUUGCACCAUCCUUUGCAAGUUUCUACUUUCUUUAGAAAAAGAAACACUAAGAAAAUGGAGAUGGAGGCUGCAUACAUGCCUAGUAAUGGGGAAAGAGGAAUGGAGGAUGGCUUUAAUGGUGGUGAGAAACAAGUUGUGGCGGUGGCUAACAAGAGAGCAAUGAGUUUUUCCGACUUGGUUUUACGGUUUUUGGCUCUGGCCCUUACGCUGGCUGCAGCCGUGCUUCUUGGGGUCAAUAAGCAGUCGACGGUGGUGCCGGUAUUGAUGGUGCCUACACUGCCCCCGUUAGGUGUUGAUGUCACGGCGAAGUUGCAUUACUUGUCUGCGUUUGUGUACUUUGUGGCGGCAAAUGCAAUAGCAUGUGCCUAUGCAGCCAUCUCACUGCUCCUCACAAUGGCAAAUAGGGCAGGAAAGAAAGGUUUGGGAAUGAUCAUAACCAUCUUUGACCUAGUAAUGGUGGCGCUUCUCUUUUCGAGUGUCGGUGCGGCCUUCGCCGUUGGUCUUGUCGGGUUUCAAGGGAAUUCACACGUGCAGUGGAAGAAAGUGUGUAAUGUGUUCGAUAAAUUCUGCGACCAAGCAGCCGUUGCAGUUGGCAUCUCCUUUGUUGGUUCAAUGUCGUUUUUCUUGAUGGUUUUGCUUGCGACUUUGAACCUCCACAAGAAACAUCAGUGAAAAAUGAAUUACUAUGUACUUUUGACUUUGCCAGUGUAAAAAUGUACCAUGUUUAAUGAGUUAAAUUAUUAUGUAUCAAAUCCUUGCAAUAUAACUUUGUUUCAUUAACCAAACCAAACCUGCUUGUCUUAUGAAACUUCA